GUGCGAGGUUGGGUGUGCGUGCUGUCACAGGCAGAUAUUCAAGGGCAGCAAGAGCGAGCUUGAGCGCUCUGCUUCCACGGGGGGAGAGAAAGGCUGCUGCUGAAAGUACAAGCUGGCAGGAUCAUGACAGAGCCAAGCAGCAGAAAGGAAGGAUUUAAAAAAUGCCGGAGUGCUACUUUCAGCAUCGAUGGCUAUAGCUUUACAAUUGUUGCAAACGAGGCAGGUGACAAAAAUGCACGACCACUUUCACGAUUUGCCCGGUCUAAAUCACAAAACUGCUUGUGGAACACCAUUAUCGGUGGUCUGACCGGCAAUCUCAAGGAAAGGCCAAAGCCGACCAUCAUCAGUGACCCUAGACCUCCUGAAGAAAUCUUAGCGGAUGAACUACCGCCGGUGGACAGUCCUGAGGCAUUGGUGAAAGCGUCUUUCAGAUUGCGGUCUUUGGUAAAGCAGUUAGAGAGAGGGGAAGCUUCAGUUGUAGACCUAAAGAAAAAUUUGGAAUAUGCCGCGACUGUUCUUGAGUCAGUAUACAUUGAUGAAACUAGGCGUUUACUGGACACAGAAGAUGAGCUCAGUGACAUCCAGUCUGACUCUGUGCCCUCGGAGGUCCGGGACUGGUUGGCUUCUACCUUCACACGGCAAAUGGGAAUGAUGCUCAAAAGGACGGAGGAAAAACCCCGGUUCAGGAGUAUUGUCCAUGCAGUUCAAGCUGGGAUAUUUGUGGAAAGAAUGUACAGACGGACUUCAAAUAUGGUCGGUUUGAGCUACCCACCAGCUGUAAUUGGAGUGCUAAAGAAUGUAGACAAGUGGUCCUUCGAUGUAUUUGCACUAAAUGAUGCCAGUGGGGAUCAUGCACUGAAAUUCAUUUUCUAUGAACUUCUCACACGCUAUGAUCUGAUCAACCGUUUCAAGAUCCCCAUUUCUGCCCUGGUGUCCUUUGUGGAAGCUCUGGAGGUUGGCUACAGCAAGCACAAAAACCCAUAUCACAACCUAAUGCAUGCUGCAGAUGUGACACAGACUGUCCAUUACCUCCUUUUCAAGACAGGCGUAGCGCACUGGCUGACAGAGCUGGAGAUCUUCGCUAUGAUCUUUGCAGCUGCCAUCCAUGACUAUGAACACACCGGAACCACCAACAACUUUCACAUCCAGACACGGUCAGACUCAGCCAUUCUCUAUAAUGACCGAUCUGUGCUUGAAAAUCACCACGUUAGUGCGGCGUAUCGUCUUUUGCAAGAUGAUGAAGAGAUGAAUAUUUUAUCUAAUCUCUCAAAGGAUGACUGGAGGGAAUUCAGAGCUCUAGUGAUUGAGAUGGUGUUGGCCACCGAUAUGUCCUGUCACUUCCAGCAAAUCAAAGCCAUGAAGAAUGCUUUGCAGCAGCCAGAAGGAAUUGACAAGCCGAAAGCCUUAUCACUGUUGUUGCAUACAGCAGAUAUCAGUCAUCCAGCCAAGGCCUGGGAUCUCCAUCAUCGCUGGACCAUGUCUCUGCUAGAGGAGUUCUUCAGACAGGGUGACAAAGAAGCAGAACUAGGGCUUCCCUUCUCUCCACUGUGUGAUCGCAAGUCUACUAUGGUUGCUCAGUCUCAAAUAGGUUUCAUUGAUUUCAUUGUGGAACCCACUUUUACUGUGCUGACUGACAUGACUGAGAAGAUUGUGACUCCGCUCAUUGAUGAAGCUUCCCGUUCUGGCAUGUCUGGGUUCAGGCGUUCCAGUCUGAAUAGCAUUAAUCCCUCCGAAGUUAAAAGAUCAAGUGUCAAGAGCACUGGGUCCGAAGGAAGUGCCUCACUCAACUGCUCCAUACUCACUGUGGACUUCAAAUGUUUUAAAGCCACCUGGACUGAGGUGGUGCAGCAGAACCGGGAGAAAUGGAAAGCACAAGCUACCAAAGAAGAAAAUGCUAAGAAAGAAGCAGAGGAAAAUGCUCAUCAGGGAACAGAUGAAAAGAAAACAGAUGAAAAGGAUGAGAAGAAGCCAGCUGAAGAUGCCACAGCAGCAAAGACAGAGAACAGCAAAGAACCAAAUCCUGGGGAAAACAAAAGCGCAGAUUCCAAUAAGAAUCAUGUAAAUGGGACUCGGCAAAUUGGGGUGAAUAAACACGAAGCCUCUCAAGGGAAAAAUGCACCUAGGACAGAUAAGGGAACAGACUCUUAUCACGCAGCAGGAGAAGAGAAACAGCAUGUCCAGAAUGGUGAAUUAAAGGAAGACAGUAAGUUGGACAAAAAAGAUCAGUCCGGUGUGGGGGAUGAAUCAAAGAAAACAGAUGAUACAGAAGAAUAAAAAUAUAUUAAAAAAGAGACUGCAAAUUUCUUUCAUCAUUUUAGCUGAGCUUCUUCAUUCCCGUUCUCCUCCUCCUUCCGCAAAGACCAGUUUCUGGGGAAGGCGUUAAACAACUUUAAAAACACUCCUCCUCCCACUGGCUACUUCACAGCUAAUGACUCUGGGUUCUAGGGUGGGGGCCUUGGUUUUUUGGGUCAGUUUUAUUUUUGUUUGUUUGUUUGUUCAUGUAUGUGUGCAUUUUUUGUUGUUUUUUUUAAGUUUUUUGUUAAAAAAAACAAGUGGUGAUUUCCUGAUGCAAAUGGCUCCAUUUUUCUGGACAGGUCAAGCAAAUAGAUGAGAGUCAUCUUCAAAAGCUGGUAUUGCCCUUUGCUAUGCCUCAAGCUUGUGAAACCAACAUUAGGAUGAUGCAAAAGAAUAUAUAUAAAAAAAAAAAAAAAAGAAAGAAAACUUAAUACUUCACUUUUACUCUUUUUCUUUUCCCUGAGAGCCUUUUCCAAUUGCUGAUAGACAGAAUUUGACAUCAGUUUUACCCUCGCUGUAGAAGAUUUUAUUAAUAAGGAUGGCGAAUUGGUAGAGUCAUUUGACCAUUUGUUAGGAUUUGAUGUCUUUCCCAGAUGAUGCAAUGGUAGCAAAAUUUUUUUGUUUCUAAACAGCAGGCAGACUCACUCAACCCUUGAUUUUGUUCUGGUUUUGCAGUUAGUAAUAGGAAAGGAAUAAUCAAUGAAAGCGAUAUUCCCUUGGGGCAAAUUUUGUUGUCAGACUCUAAGAGCAUGCACUAAUGUCCUGCUUGAUGUGCCUGCCUUAACUUGAUAUUACAGUUAAUGAGCUGUUUCCCACAUUUGUUCAUGGGCUACUGGUAACCACUCUUUGUCUGACCUGAAGAUCUAAGAGGAGAAGGGCAGCAGGGAAUCACACGGAUCGAUUCUUACUUUCAUCUCAGUGUGGUCUUUCUUUCAUCACUGAUUGAAUGGACAGGCCAAAGAAAAGAAAAAGCAUUGCUGGAGAAGUAUGGACAGACAAAACCAAAAUGAAAAAGUGUGUCCUAAAUACACUGCUGGAGUUGGUGGAUAAAACUGUCUUAUCCAGUGAAGUUAGACACAUGGAAAGUAGCCAUCAUUUUGGCCCAUUUUAAAGAAGAAAUGUUAAAAAACUAACUUGCUUAGACCUUGAUUCAGGAAGGUAUCUUUGUAUGAGAAACAUCAAACAUGUAUGUAAGUGCUUUUCUGCCUUGGGAUCUUGGUAGGGAUCCAGUUAAUUGUAAGUAAUUUUACCUACCUAUGUGGAAAUCAAGAUACAUACAUACACAUACAACUGUUUUUUGCCUAACUCCUUUUUGUUCAGGAUGAGGUCUUGCUGUGUUAGUCAUGUAUGUAUUUUAUAAGGACUCAGACUGCUGUUAUGGCUCUUUGCUAUGUAGAGAACACGCAAAACAUUGGCUUAGGAAAGUAAAUCUUCAGAGUUUCUUUUUCAUGUUCAAAAGCACAGGACUUUACCACCAGCCUAUAUUAGAGCUUGGGUCUCUGUUCCUGCUUAAACUGUGCAUGUACAGGGACGAGCUCCCGCAACACUGGCAAAGAUCACAGCAGUGAGCUCAGCCUAAAUCCACAUUUAAACGAGAAUACCUUCUCACUCAGGAGUGUUUGUAUCUGGGAGUUUGAUUAUUGAGGCUAGAGACUUUUUGAGUUCUUUUUUUGGACACCGGAGUUUGAGUUUGUUCAAAGCCAGAGAUUUAGAUUAGGUUCAUGCUGUGAAAAGGUUGCACUUCAAUCACAAAAAUAACUCUUGCAGUUCUUAGAAUUCGCAGUUGGCUUCACUGAACCAGCUCAUUUAAAUAAAAUAAAUAUAAGGGCACAUAGUGUUCCCAUUUGUGAGCUCCUGGUUCAAUCUGGGGUAGAUUUUCUGAGGAAAGCAGGGUGCUGGGAGGACAGUGGUCCUGCAGUCAGUGCCAAGCACACUCCAUGUUGUGUGACUGGCAGAGGGCUGUGUCACCACGUAGCACUUUCCCACCUUGCCUUUCUCCCGCUCCAUCAGCAUUCAGCCCUGGUAAGAGUGGUAGAAUAUGACUUCCAGUCCUGACCAGGCUCUUUGAAGGCACAUUGAUGAAAUAUCAAUAAUGCAGAACUAAAAUACUGCAGCAGUGAGUCAGUCCCUGCUUAGUCAGACUUCUCCCUGAAGUCAGGGGGAACAUAUCCUCACCGAGUGUUUGGUCAGAGGUGCAGGAUGAUUUAGUCAAUAUCUUUUAAGUUACCCUUACCAAAUGUACAGUGACUAAAGAUGCCUUAGAUUAUGCACAGUAGAAUAAUAAUAAUAAU